CUGUGUUCUGUUCUGUUCUGUACUCACUCUCCAUCUCUCUUCCUCCCUCCAUCCUUCCUUUCCUUCUCGUCCGCCAACCUCUUCUCUGCGCUGCGCAGCGCAGGGAAUCAAUGGUUAUCAAAGCCACCGACUCCGCCUCCAAACCUCAGAAUCAGCAUGGAGAGCCAAUGGAAGAUACUAGUGGAACCUUGGCGAGCAAGAUAGAUCAGAUGAGGAAGCAAAUCCAGGAGGAGAGAAUUAUAUCUGUCAAAGAAAAAUUACAGAAGAAUGGUGAGAAUCUACAACAUCAGAUUUCAGCUAUCUUGUCAGUUAUCUCAAGUUGGGACUCAUCACAGACCAAGGAAAACAGGGCCAGUGAAAUGCUUUCUUCAAGAAUUAACCAACCUCAGUCUAAGUACCUUUCUUUAUUUCAACUUUUAGGAGAGAACAAUCCUCAUGGAAUACCAGCACCAAGUAUCAGGCUUCCAUCCAUUGAAAAAAUACCAACAUAUACAACUUGGAUGCAUUUGGCCAGAAAUGAGAAAAUGAGUGAAGAUCAGUCAAUUAUUGGUAGAAGACGCAUCUAUUAUGAGAAACAUGGAGGUGAAGCACUGAUAUGCAGUGACAGUGAUGAAGAAGUAACAGAAAAUGAGGGAGUUAAGCAUGAAUUUUCUGAGGGUGAAGACCAGCUUUUAUGGAUGGCAUUUGAGGAACUUGGGCUAACUGAUGAGGUAUUGAAUAUUGUUAGCCAGUCUGUUCAGGGUACCAGUUUAGAAAUUCAGGAUAGGUAUAAAGAUCUCAAGGCAAAAGGUAUGGGGAGGCAGAAUCAGCAUCAUGAAGAUUCUGGAGAAUACAAACCUCACAUUGGCAUAUGUUUGGAGAAAAGCCUGAGUGCUGCUUUAGAUUCUUUUGAUAACCUUUUCUGUCGCCGUUGCAUACAGCUGUUUGACUGUCCCCUGCAUGGAUGUUCUCAGCCUUUAAUAUAUCCUAGUGAAAAGCAGCCAGUUUGGUCUGAACCUGAAGGUGACCGGAAACCAUGCAGUGACCAGUGUUAUCUUCUGUUAAAGGAUGUCAAGAUGUUGUCGGAAUGCUCGACUCCUGGGUCCUUGCAGGGUAAGAUAACUGCAACAGAAGAAGCAGAUGAGAUAUUGGCACCCUCCAGUGGAGAGGGGCCAAGUAAUCAAAGUACUAAAGCUAUCUCACAGGAAGAAAGACGUCUCACAGAAGAUAUUGGUUGUUGUGGAGAUCUCAAAUCUGAUGUUCCUGUCCCAGAAAUUAUGGGGAAACGGAAGGUCAAAAAUAAGUCAGACUCAGCAUUACGUGAUUCCAUAUUGCCUCCUGAAGAUUCUCAGACUCAGAACUCUAGUAAAAAGAUGAAGAAAAUCUCAGAUGAUAUAGUUACUGGAAGCAAUGACCAUAACAGUGACCUAAAUUUGGAUGCAUGCAAUGAAGAAAAACAGAGAGUUACUCAUGCAUCAUCAGAAGUUUCUGUUGAACAUACUUCUGGUAGCAGUGGCAAUGUAAAACCUGACAAAGAUUUUGUGGAUAGGCAAAAAGAUACCAAAAAUGAGAUUGAAUUUAAGAAUUUGUACAGUUCAAUGGAAGCGCAAGUUGAUGAGAAGCUAAGUUUCUCAGAUUGGAAACCUCUAGAGAAAGAAUUAUAUUUCAAGGGAGUAGAAAUGUUUGGAAGAAACAGCUGCCUUAUAGCACGGAACUUGCUUUCUGGCUUGAAGACUUGCAAGGAAGUAGCUACUUACAUGUCAUUUCCCCACACCUCCAGUAAUGGACCAAGUUCAAUCACGGACGAAAAUGGAAAAAUCACUGCAAAUCGCACGGACCAAAAGAUGUCAUCAAGGUCACGGACGCUGCGGAAAAGGGGGAAAACAAGGAAAUCUAAAUAUUCUUCUAAGUCUGCUGGCAUCCCAUUUGCUUGGAAAAGAAUUGCUUCUGGGAAAAACCAAUCUAUCAAGCAGUAUACCCCAUGUGAAUGUCAGACAAUGUGCGGAAAGGAUUGUCCUUGUCAGACUAAUGAAACUUGCUGUGAAAAAUAUUGCGGGUGUUCAGAUAUCUGCAAAAAUAGAUAUAGAGGAUGCCAUUGUGCUAAGAGUCAGUGCAGAAGUCGACAAUGCCCAUGUUUUGCAGCUGGACGAGAAUGUGACCCAGAUGUGUGUCGAAACUGCUGGGUUAGUUGCGGCGGUGGUUCACUAGGGGAGCCACCUCGACGUGGAGAUGGUCAUUGUGGAAAUAUGAGGAUGCUUUUAAGGCAACGACAGAGGAUUCUUUUGGCAAAGUCAUCUCUUGUAGGAUGGGGAGCCUUCAUAAAGAACUCAGUUAACAAAAAUGAUUACCUAGGAGAAUACACAGGCGAACUGAUUUCUCAUAAAGAAGCAGAUAAGCGUGGGAAAAUAUAUGAUCGUGAAAACUCAUCUUUCCUUUUUAACUUAAAUGAUCAGUUGGUACUCGAUGCUUGUCGCAAGGGUGAUAAGUUGAAAUUCGCAAACCACUGGGAAAGCCCCAACUGCGUUGCAAAGGUAAUGCUGGUUGCUGGUGAUCAUCGAGUUGGGAUAUUUGCCAACAAAAACAUUAACGCUGGUGAGGAGCUCUUCUAUGAUUAUUGCUAUGAACCAGAACACAGGCCACCAUGGGCGGUUCCUAAAGGUGAGGCUUCUAAGAGAGAUGAAUCUGCAGCUAAUCAAGGCAGGGCAAAGAAAAACCAAUCUCAUUGAUGUAGCAAGGUCAAGCAUGUAUCAUAAACAAUCGCAGCAUCCUACGAGUCUAUGGUAAAUACCAAAGGCAUCUUCCAUAAGGAAACCAAACAAAGAAUCACAGAUUCAAAUAUGAAUAAGAUCAAAGAUACUGACCAAAAAAGGACAAGUGAUCAGCAAUUGAAGUUUAAUUUAAUAAUUUUUUUAGGCUUAUCAGUUUUCUAGAUUUUAGCCUAGCAGAGUAAAAUUUGGUAUAAAAUUGUUGUAGGUAUAUGAAAUUUUUCUAUGCACUUUAUCUUAUUUUGCCAAUUUUCGUGGUUAGUCAAUAUUUCUAUUGAUCAAAGCAGUUUUUUUUUUAUUAUUUUUAGGAACGGGGGAUGUUAACUUAAUUCCCAUUGUACUUGCUGCUACCGUUGAUUACUUGGGAAACCCUACCUACAUUCCAUAUUUCCAUCAGUUGGUAAAUAAAAUGUGAAUUUACAAUAAUUUGCAU